AUGAUCAAAUCUCCGGCAGUAAACCGCUUAUAUUGCGACCGAAUCCAAAGUGAACUCUGCCAAGAUCUGCCCGACACAGAUUACUUAGGGCUUAAAGUGUACAGUACUAAACUGGAAUGGCUAUUGUAUCAGGGUUCAAUGGGGUCAGCUUCGCCAACCGAAAUACUUUAUCCAACUACCCAGGCAUCUCGCCAGCAUGACGUCGAUGCAGAAAAGCAGGAGCUGCAGACUGAUACUACAGACGACAUCUUUCCAAAGCUGAACAGGACUCAAAAAAUCAUUGUGGAAUGUCUGAGGGAGAUAUGCCCCUUCCAAUCAGUUCCCGAAAUCCUUCCCGACAGCGACUUUCGGCAAUUCCUUCAGAAUGGCGGUUUGGACAGCCCGAGCAUGCUGAUCUACAAGGCAAAUUUGGAGGCACGACUAUCUUUGAAAUCCCCAAUACCGAUCACAUGUCUCCUCCAAGCCCAAACUGUGAAGGCUCUGGAAACCGAGAUCAUGAAAGUCUCGGUAGCAAGCAACCGCAGUCUACUGCUCCCUUUUACCACCAAGGGAACCCAAACACCGCUGUUUCUCUUCCCGCCAGGAGGCGGCGAGCUACACUGCUGGAUAGAGCUGGCGAGUCGUCUUCGUAAUCGGCCUCUGUAUGGGCUCAGAUUGCGCGGCCUGCAACCUGGCGAGACGACAUUCGAAAGCAUUGACGAGUUGGUGGAAUGCUUUCUCGAAGAGAUACGACAGGUGCAGCCGCGUGGACCCUAUGCAUUAUUGGGCAUGUGCUUUGGCGGAAACAUCGUCUUCGAAGUCGCCAAAGCAUUGGAAGCCGCGGGAGAGGUGGUAGCAUUCGCUGGAGGUGUCGACAAUGCACCAAACAUCUUGAAAAUGAGUUUCGCAACGCUACGCUUCUUUAUCGUCGACCUACUAUCGACAAGACGCCUGAUCACGCCUUUAGAAGCAGGCCAAAUGAAGGACGGUUUACGCGACCAGGACCCUGCCUCGUUUCCCCGACUUGUCAUGCGUCGUUUCCGCACCCGUCUCCAAUCUGCAGGCGUCACUCUCGAGAGACUCGAAUCCUGGCACCGAGUCUUUUACGGCAACGUUCGCAUGGCUGAGGGGGCCAAUCCACUGUCGGAAUGGGGUGUAUCCGAGGCCGAAUGGGAGAUACGCGUUCGGGAAUGGGAGGACUUCUCUCAUUCAUCAACUUUCCAUUUUGUGGGGGGGAAUCAUUAUACGGCGCUAACGAAGGAUCAUGUUGAUGACUUUGUGACUGUGUUGGAUCACGAGCUGAACCUCCACAGGGUGUAG